CAGCUUUUCUAUGUGUUAGUUAGUGUGUGAGUGUGUGCAAUUGUUCAGUCACACACACAGAUGUUGCGCCAUCAACGUCUGGUUAAGUGCCGCUGCCAUAGGCUGUACAAUGACUUGAAGCUGUUGCUAUUCCCGAGACCACCUCCCCCUCCAUCACCUCCUCCGACACCUCCUCCCCCUCCUCCCCGUGGAAUGAAUUACGACCAAAUCGCUCUACCGAUCAGGAAUGGGUUCCCAACCACCAACACCACCAACAACAACACUCUGCCAACCAAUGGCAAAGGGAACAAGCAACAGCCACCCAGUCAGGCCCCCGAGCAGGAGCCCAGUGUCCAGGAGCAGCCCCUGACUCUGGUGAGCACCUCCUCAGAAGACUACUACCACAGAAAAGGAGAAGACAGACUCUCUCUCACCAGUAGCCUGGACAGUGGCUGCAGGUCUCCCCAGUGUCGCAUCUGCUUCCAAGGCCCUGAGCAGGGGGAGUUGCUGAGCCCAUGUCGCUGUGACGGGUCUGUACGCUGUACCCACCAGCCCUGCCUGAUUAAGUGGAUCAGCGAGAGGGGGUCCUGGAGCUGCGAGCUCUGUUACUACAAGUAUCACGUCCUCGCCGUCAGUGCCAAGAACCCACUUCAGGUCAGUUGGCAGGCCAUCUCCCUGACGGUGAUCGAGAGGGUCCAGAUAGCAGCCGCCAUUCUGGGAUCCCUCUUCCUCAUCGCAAGCAUCUCCUGGUUAAUCUGGUCGAUCAUCAGCCCGUCGGCCAAGUGGCAGAGACAGGACCUUCUCUUCCAGAUCUGCUACGGCAUGUACGGCUUCAUGGACAUUGUCUGCAUCGGCCUGAUCAUUCACGAGGGACCUUCAGUUUUCCGGAUUUUCAAGCGAUGGCAGGCGGUCAACCAGCAGUGGAAGGUGCUGAACUACGAGAAGUCCAAGGACACUGAGGACGAAAAGAGCGGGACAGGACGCAGCAGCCGCUUUUGCCAAAGGAACUCACGGGCCGAGCACCCGCCCGCCACGAACAAUGGCUCCCAUGGCCAGCACCCCAGCAGGAACAUGUCUGACCAUCACUGUGCGUACACCAUCCUCCACAUCCUCAGCCACCUGAGGCCAAGUGAACCGAGGAGCCAGACUGGCACGAGCAGGGAACUGGUGAUGAGAGUGACCACGGUCUGA